ACUGUAGUGCAGAGUGCAGAUUAUCCAGCGCUGCUUCACUGCUCCAUCACUUCAAUGACUGCUUCUCCGCUCCCCAAUGUAAACCAAUUAUCCCGGCGACCCUUUUGGUCGCUCUUUUUAUCAUAAGGACACUUUUUUGUAAUUUUAUCGUCUCGUCGAACCGUGUUCUUUUGUAUCAGCAAGAAAACUUCCAGGCAGCUGUGGGCAACUUUCCGCGUCGCGCGCUGAGGUGAAGAAUGCAUUAGCAGAGCUCGCGCAGCUAGCAGCAGCUUUCUUCGGCUUUCCUGCAUCAAGCGCUGGGUUUCCUGGGGGUUUGUAAUGUUUUUCCGUGUCUCCAGUCGUGAACUAACCUUCAUGGAUUAGCUGAACGAUUUCUACCCCUCGUAAAUGAAAGGAAAAAUAACGAAAAGGUCCAGUUUAAGUGCCUGAGCUGUCGUGAGGAUGAGCAGCAAGCGGAGUCUGUUUGUGCGGCUGGUGCCGUGCCGCUGCCUGCGGGGCGAGGAGGAGACCGUCACCUCGCUGGACUACUCUCACUGCAGCCUGGAGCAGGUGCCCAAAGAGAUCUUCAGCUUCGAGAAGACCCUGGAGGAGCUCUACCUUGACGCCAACCAGAUUGACGAGCUGCCCAAACAACUUUUCAACUGCAGUUUGCUCUACCGAUUGAGUCUACCGGACAAUGACCUAACGGUGUUGCCCCCGGCCAUCGCAAACCUCACCAAUCUCAGGGAGCUCGACGUCAGCAAGAACAGCAUCCAGGAAUUCCCUGAAAAUAUCAAGAACUGUAAAGUCCUGACCAUCAUCGAAGCGAGUGUGAACCCUAUAUCAAAACUCCCAGAAGGCUUCACGCAGCUCCUCAGCCUGACCCAGCUCUACCUGAACGAUGCCUUCCUAGAGUUUCUACCGGCCAGCUUCGGCAGACUAACCAAACUGCAGAUUCUGGAACUGCGGGAGAACCAGUUAAAGAUGUUGCCAAAGAGCAUGCAUAAGCUCACACAGCUGGAGCGCUUGGAUCUGGGGAGUAACGAGUUCACUGAAGUGCCUGAAGUAUUGGAGCAGCUUACAGGAAUCAGAGAGCUGUGGGUGGAUGGAAAUAAGCUGACGUUUUUACCAGGGAUGAUCGGGGCACUGAAGCAACUCUGCUACCUGGACGUGUCCAAAAACAAUUUGGAGAUGGUUGACGAGCAGAUAUCCGGCUGUGAAAACCUGCAGGAUCUGCUGCUGUCCAACAACGCAUUGACGCAGCUGCCAGGGUCUAUAGGCUCACUGAAAAGACUAACCACUCUGAAGGUGGAUGAUAACCAGCUCAUGUACCUGCCUGACACUGUAGGCGGACUCACGACCCUGGAUGAGCUGGACUGUAGCUUCAAUGAGAUCGAGGCGCUGCCGUCCUCCAUCGGUCAGUGUGUAAAUCUGCGUACGUUUGCUGCCGACCACAACCUGCUCGCACAGAUGCCUCCAGAGAUGGGCAGCUUGAAGAACAUCACUGUUCUCUUCCUGCACUCCAACAAGCUGGAGUGUCUGCCGGAGGAGAUGGGCGACAUGCAGAAACUCAAGGUCAUCAAUCUCAGCGACAACAAGUUGAGGAACCUUCCGUACAGCUUCACUAAACUCAACCAGAUGACCGCAAUGUGGCUUUCUGAAAACCAGUCAAAGCCUCUCAUUCCCCUGCAGAAAGAGGAGGAUCCAGAGACACAAAAGACCGUACUGACUAACUACAUGUUCCCUCAACAGACCCGAAGCGAGGACUAUGUGCCCAACUCGGACAGCGAGAGCUUUAACCCGUCUCUUUGGGAGGAGCAGCGCAAGCAGCGAGCGCAAGUGGCCUUCGAGUGUGACGAGGACAAGGAUGAGCGAGAGACGCCCCCGCGGGAGGGCAAUCUGAAGCGUUACCCAACACCGUACCCAGAUGAACUGAAGAACAUGGUGAAAACAGCUCAGUCCGUGGCUCACAGACUCAAAGAGGACGAGUCCAGUGACGAGGCAAGAAAAGAGACCAGGGCCAGUGAGAGGAACCAUAUCGGAGUGCAGGACGUUGGAGUGAAGGUGAUUGAAAGCCCCUGCACCAAUGGCAAAGCUGUUGAAAUGGAGCCUAAAACAAUGAUGAACAGUCAUCACAGUUACGAACCAAUAGAUUCAAUAGACUACCACAGCGUUGAAAGGAUCCCUCUCAAGACUUCAGACAACACGAGAGCCAUGAUGAACCAUGAUGACACCCUUGAGGACUCAGAGGAGCUGUCAUCAGAGGAGGAGGAAAUGAAGAUAGCCGAAAUGAGACCUCCACUCAUCGAAAUCUCCAUUAACCAGCCCAAAGUAGUGGCCCUCAGCAAGGACAAAAAAGAUGAUGGGAAGGAUGCUGACUCUUUGCUGGAUGAGACGGUGGCCAACAGUAACCAGAACAACAGCAACUGCUCUUCUCCGUCACGCAUGUCUGAUUCAGUGUCCUUGACCACAGACAGCAGUCAGGACAACUCCCUCUGCACCCCAGAGAGGGAGUCGAAGAUGCCUCUCAUCCCCAAGAACAGACAAGAGGAUGAAAACCUCAACCAGCUGAAGCAGAUGACUCCUUUACUCCAGAACUGCAACGGCUCUGAGACGUCCUUACAGACCAUCCUGAAGAACCAGCAAAGCUACGAAAGCAAGUCAGACCAGAUGGCCGACUACAGUCUCUCCAUGGAGGAGAGGCUUGCCCUCAUUGAAAAGGGCAUCAAAAAUGGUGUGACAGAGCAGUACAGCAAGUGGGAUCAGAUCAACAUGAACGUGGCCAAACUCCCACCUGACAACAUGGUGUCGUAUGAGGACCUGGAAAGAACCAAGAGUCCCUCAGCCAAGGAGUCCAUGUCAAGCUACAACAAUGCCAUGCUGUCACUCGAGAAUCUUGAGAACGGCAAUCGACUCCAGAAAACCCAUUCUGGGGAGAGUUUCAAUGGCCGAACGGAUCAAAUUCCCGCUAAUUUGCGCUACGAGUCUACGAGGACCGCCUCGACAGGUGUAACGGCAUUAAGUGAUAUGAGUCUUUCUCGCAGCACAGAGGAGCUGUCACCAGAGAGGAAAUGUCCACCGGCCCCAGUGGUGAAAUCUCAAAGCAUCGCAAACAUGGAGGCUGGAGGGAUGAAGCUGUUCUCCUUCGAGGGAGAAAUCCCCCCGUAUGAAGUGGCAUGUGCAACCAGAACAUCUGUACCUGCCGCUCAAGGCCAGAGCAUUGUCCGCUCCAAAUCUGCAUCCUUACUCAAUGAUCAAACUUUGCAGAUUUACCCUGGAUCCUCGGCGUCGUCCUCCGACUUGCUGUUGAGCUCCAAACCUCCGGUUAGCAGCGCCCGCUACCCAACGGGCCCCCCGCCCCAGUAUAACGUCCAGUAUGCCAGCAGCACAGUCCCCAAAGACAACCUGUGGAGCCAACGUACCCCCGUCCCCCCGGAACAGACCUACUUACCGCCACAGCACUCCCUUGCCAACACCAACUACUCAAACCGCAACAACGCCCCUCCUUACCCCCAGCCCCAACAGCGCGGCCCGCCCAAGACCCCGGACAUGUGGGCCAAGGAAAGGAUGCUGCCCUCUGUUGGCCAGCGAGGGACCUUGCAGAGGCAAGGCAGUGGAUCCUCUGGCACCUCCAUGUGCAUGUCGGACCCACGUCGCAUGCCAGGAUUGGAAGGAGAGUACAUGACGUAUCGGGACAUUCACACGGUGGGCCGUGGGCCCCUGCAGAUGAGCCAGGCUCUCCACAGACCCUUGUCAGCCCGCACCUACAGCAUCGACGGACCCAACGCUCCCCGGCCACAGAGCGCCCGGCCCCCACCGCACGAGCUUCCAGAGAGGACCAUGUCCGUCAGCGACUUCAACUACCAGCAUGGCAGCCCCAGUAAGAGGCCCAGCAUGAGGGUGAAGUCCGAGCACUCGCUACUGGACGGGCCGGUUGGAGGUGGUGGCAGGGUCCCAGCCGACUGGAGGGAUCAGGUCAUGAGACACAUCGAGGCCAAGAAGAUGGAGAAGAGCUCUCUAUCUCGGUCUUUGGCCACUCUCAUUGGCAGUCAGAGCUCUCUGGCCUGUAGCGCUGUAGACCGGUGGCAGAUCGGAGCUCAUGGGCCCAGCGACGAUGUCUUCAGUCCUCAUGGACAACCGGGCUACCAUAUCGACACUCUAAGAAAAGUGCCUUUGAUGAAUGGCCAAAUGUGUGCUCCUGUGAGACCUCCCAUGAGCUGCGGUCAACCCCCGAUGGCACGCCACCCCUCACGAGAGCAGCUCAUCGACUACCUGAUGCUCAAGGUGUCCCAGCAGCCCCCGGGUGCUCCACGGGUCCCACAAGAGACCCUGCAGCAGGAGCUCCAUGUGAAGAUCGAGAAGAACCCUGAGCUGGGUUUCAGUAUAUCAGGAGGAGUGGGUGGCCGCGGGAAUCCCUUCCACCCAGACGACUACGGGAUCUUCGUGACGAGGGUUCAGUCGGAGGGACCGGCUUCAAAACUCCUUCAACCGGGGGACAAGAUCAUCCAGGCAAACGGAUACAGCUUUGUUAACAUCGAUCACGGACACGCCGUUUCCCUCCUGAAGACGUUCCCCAGCACCGUCGACUUGAUCAUCGUUCGAGAGAUGGCCGCAUAACUGACGAAACUGAAUGUGCACUGUCUUAUUUUUGUACCGAGAGGAGCCAGUGCUGUAGGUAGUUAAUCUGAGCUGAUGUAAACGGGACAAGCUUUGACCAUCGGUGGAUAGGGGCGAAACCACUGCAUCAGGUGGAAGAGUCUGGGAGCAUGCGCCUUCACUGUGGGAAAGCCUGUUGGUGCAGUCCAACUGAUAUGAAACCCUGUGCUUUUUGUAAAGAUAGUUUUUGUUUUUCUUUUUAUAAGACAUCACCUGGAUUGAGUUCUUAUGGGACAUGAGCUGACCGCUUGAGGGCAGGGCUCUCGAUCAAAUCUCACUCGUUUGUUUUUUAUCAUUUUAAAGAUUUUAAAACCACUUUUAUGACCUGUGUGAGAUUAAGUUGGAAGACAAUGCUACGUGCUAACUGUGGUAAUGAAUGUAGAACUGGGCUGAGCUAAACUGAACUGGAUGUGAAAUCUGUUGGCCUCGUGGUCAGAUUACCCGUGUGAAGAAAACUUGCUUCAUCCACCUCAAUGCUAGAAACUCUUCUCAGCUUUCUCCUUCUGGAAGUCUCCUCCAGUGAAACAAGAGUUUCUUCCUGCAAACUUCCACCGGACAGAAGUGGAAGCCCGGAUGCCGCCUGGAAGGAUGUGUUGAAAUGCUCCCUGCACGUGAAACAUGGACAGGAACGCGAUGAAGUACUUCCAUAAGGAUUUCGAAAGAGAGCAGCCUUGCUAAUAGACAGAAACAGAAAGUGGUUUAAGUACCUUAACCAAAGCAUAUUGGGACUCUGUGGCUGGGCGGCAUGAAACUGCUGGCACGUGAACUUCUUUCCUCUGACUUCUACAACACAGCCACCCGAUUCCAAUGCCACCGAAGUCAUCCGAAGCAUUCGCGCUCAAACAUUUAUUUUUUUCCUUAGUUCAAUUUGGAGUUCGUCAAAAACGUUUUUUAUUCUGUGAAGAAGAUUGUAGAUGUGAUAUUUUAUUCUCUUACGAAAACAUUCUAACGUUUGACUAGUUGCAGUCGUGGACGUUUGCUAUGGGGGGCUUCGAGAAAACGACAUGUCAAGUGCCAUAGACCCUGAACUGUCACAAAAUGCGUUCGACCCAGAGCAAUACUCGUACAGAUCCACGCCGCAUAUUCAGUGGCCUUAUUAGGCUGGCGUAUGGCACAGUGGGCGUAAGAGCAAUAGAAAGUCGUUUAUUCCAUUCGCAAGAUGCAGUCAGUUGCGUUUUUAUAUAAAUAAAGAACCCAUUUAGUAUUCCUCGAUUGAUACCGCGUUUUAUAUUGUAAAUCUUUUAAAAACGAAUACAUAGGAAAUGGCGUUUCAGAUUUUUUUGUAAAAAAUCGAAUAAAAAAUGUUCGUAAAGUCUGAACAGUGUGCGAAUGGAUGUCUCGUCACAUUAGCGAUUGCACUGCUGUUUCCAAACACCCCAUGAAGAUUAUCAUUGCAUUGUAUGUGGAUACAUCAAAAUCUUCAAUAGCAAAGAGAUUCGAAAAGCUACGUUAAUCGUAAUGUUUGUAUUUGUAGUUGCAUUGAAAGGCCAUGAUUUUUUUUUUUGCCCUGCCUGCAUCGGAGGAGAACGACCCACUGUCGAUUGUAGUACUGCGUGAAUUAUUUGCAUGAAAUUCCUCAUUUUGAUCGUUCUUCGCUGUAUUCUUCAGUAGACUGGAGCGCUAAUUGAAUCCAAGUAAUCAAAUUAACAUACUGAUAAUGUGACAAAUCCACAAUUUGAUGUGAAAGAGCACGUUGCCCUUUUUACAGAAACUCGAUUGAUUCGCUAUAAUAGCGAUAAUUUUAAUUUAGCAUGUUAAGCUUUGGGUCAAAAUUGCCUAUGGAUUGUAAAUUAAUUUGCUACAUUUGAUUACUUUUUUGGAGUAAAAAAUUAUUAAUCGUACAGUUUAAAGAACAUCGUUAGUCGAUAAAACUGCGCCCCUCAUCUUUGCUGUGAAUGUUUCACUCGACACAUUGUUUUGUGGACACUGUUACUUCUGUUUUGUCACGAAUCAGCCUAGCGUAGAUCACUCGACUGUCACUUUUUUUUAUUUUGUCUGCGAAGACAUUGUAAAAACGUAAUAACGAACAGUGACUAAGAAAAAACUGUUGUUCUUUUUACUGUCCCACUUUUAAUUUUAUUUAUUUAGUCCACUUUACUUUGACUUUAGAGAUUACUAAUCAACAUGUAAAUACUUUUUUAAAAGGUUUAUGAUUUGUUCUUGGCAUUAGUGAUUACGUUUUUUAAAACCAGCAAUAACUUGCAUCACAGAAGCAGCCCUUUUAAUGUAUAGCUACGUCAAAGGUUUCUCCGCAAGCAGCUACUGUUAAGAUGAUUGGUAUGCAUUUAUUCAACAUUCCAGAUUUUGUAAAUAAAUUUACUUUCCAUGGUGUCCUGUGGAAAGAAUAAAUCAACUAAUGCUCUUUCAA